GUCUUUAUUCUUCGCUUAACUGCAUGGUUGGUUUAUUUCUUGGUCUUCUUGGGUCAAAAUAUUUAGCUAAAUUUGUAUGCUUGAUGAUGACAUUUUUGUGUUGGUACUUUCUGCCUUGUGGUAGUUUAUAGUUUUGUCAGUUAAAAAGUUGCUAUUUUUUUUGGAAAAAUGAGAUCUGGGUUUUUGUCCAUUCGUCGUAUGCUUGUGAUUUGGUUCUAGAUCUUUGGUGAUUUACUCUCUUGGUCACUUUAUUUUACCAGAUCUGAAGUUUUAUGCUAUGGUCAUCCUUUUAUGGAACUUAGUUCUAUCUUUUCUUUGACAAUUUAUUGCAAUAUUGCUGCUGUUAGCCCCCUGUUUCUUUCUAAAAUUUACGACUUUCUUUCUGGGGAAUUUUUCGUUUGAAGUUUUCUGGUAUUAGAGUGAGUGCUUUAGCCUGCUUUAGUUUGCUAUCUCUGAAGAACAAUGCUAGUGGCAGUUUAAGCAGUGAACUCUGAUUUUGGGGCUGUUUGUCUUGCUGGAAGUUGCUUUGUCUCCAUCAUGCUCAAACAAAUUCUAAGCAAACUUCCACGGAAGUCACAAAAAUCUGAUUCAUUAGAUUCAGCUGGAAUUGAUUCUGGCAAUCAGACUUCUAAUUCAGGCAAUGGAGUUCAAUGUACAAAUAUUGGGAAUAGUAUAUCAAGUCGAUUAAGUGUUGUUAAACGGGUGUCCUCAGCUGUUUUUCCUGCUAGCAUCAUGGCUGGAGUGGAGGCAGUGGAGCCCAAUCUAUCUUUCAAGGAUGUUUCUAAUCCACAGAAGCAGAACCUGUUUAUCAGUAAAUUGAAUCUGUGUUGUGAGGUUUCUGAUUUCAGUGAUCCAGAUAAAUCUAAUGCUGAGCAGGAUCUUAAACGUCAAACAUUGAUAGAGCUUGUUGAUUUUGUUUCUUCGGGUUCUGCAAAGUUCAAUGAACCAGCAACUGCCGCAAUGUGUAAAAUGUGUGCCAUUAACCUGUUCAGAGUUUUUCCACCUAAAUAUCGCUCUAAUAGCACUAGUGGUGAAGCAGAAGAUGAAGAACCAAUGUUUGAUCCUGCCUGGUCAAAUUUGCAACUUGUAUAUGAUCUACUUGUUCGGUUUAUCAGUUAUAGCUCUCUAGAUGCAAAGGUGGCAAAAAAGUAUGUAGAUCAUUCUUUUAUUUUGAGAUUACUUGACCUCUUUGAAUCUGAGGACCCCCGGGAAAGAGACUGUUUGAAAACAAUUCUCCAUAGGAUUUAUGGAAAAUUCAUGGUGCACAGGCCCUUUGUUCGCAAAGCUGUUAGCAAUAUCAUCUAUCGUUUUGUUUUUGAAACUGAAAGGCAUAAUGGUAUAGCAGAGCUCUUGGAGAUUUUUGGGAGUAUUAUCAGUGGGUUUGCUAUUCCAUUGAAGGAGGAGCACAAGAUGUUCUUGUGGAGAGCCCUUAUUCCUCUACACAAACCAAAAUCAGUGGGUGUUUAUCAUCAGCAAUUAACAUACUGUGUUGUACAGUUUAUAGACAAGGAUCCCAAGUUAGCUAAUAGUGUGAUAAAGGGACUGUUAAAGUACUGGCCAGUUACUAAUAGCCAGAAGGAGUUGAUGUUUAUAAGUGAGUUAGAAGAGAUUUUGGAGAUGACCAGCAUGGCCGAGUUCCAAAAGAUCAUGGUUCCACUGUUUCGGCGUAUUGCAUGCUGCUUAAACAGCUUCCACUACCAGGUUGCUGAGCGAGCCCACUUGGUAUGGAACAAUGAGCACAUCCUCAAUCUUAUUACACAUAAUCGCCAGGUGAUUUUUCCUCUUAUAUUUCCAGCCCUUGAGCGGAAUUCCCAGAAUCAUUGGAACCAAGCGGUGCUUAAUUUGACACAAAAUAUAAGAAAAAUGUUCUGUGAGAUGGAUGAAGAGCUUGUGCUUACCUGCCAGCGUAAGUUGGAGGAAGAAAACUCUCGAUUGAGUGAGGCAGCUGAGAAGAGGAAACUAACAUGGGAACGCCUGGAAAGUGCUGCUGGUUUCCAACCUGCAGCUGCUAACAUGAUACCUCCUGUGAAACCAGCUGCAUGCCCUGUUGCCUGUUAAUUAUCCGAGUAACUGUGUUUGGAAAAGAAAAGAAAUAUACAUAUAUAAAUAUCAAGCUGCUCUAAUUGCAGCGUGGGAUGUUGCUUCUCGAAUUUGGUCAAGUUUGUGAUUCAGUAGGGUUUGUAUCUCAUCACCAAAAAAUGGAAGCGGUUUGUAUCUAAAGCUAAAAUUGCUGUACUAAAAUUAUUAGUGAUGCUACUGCCUUAAGAUUCAGAGGCAUUGAGUUGUUGGGUUGCAAGAGCCAGUUUGCUUGCAAGUAUAUGUAUCGGCACCUCUUGUAUCGAUUAUGGGCUGCUUUUAUCUGUCCGUAUUUUGUCUAUACAUGAUUUAUAGCUUUGCUCUA